GAAGUUAGAAGCCAAAGUUUAAAAUCUCUAAAACUUGAUCUCAACAUGACGAUAGUAGAGAUGAGGGUGCAUAUGGACUGUGCAGGGUGCGAGAGUAAGAUCAAGAAAGCUCUUCAAAAACUAGAUGGAGUAGACGACAUAGAUAUAGACAUAGCGACGCAGAAGGUAACAGUAAUGGGAUGGGCAGAGCAAAAGAAGGUUCUGAAGACGGUGAGAAAGACUGGAAGGAGAGCGGAGCUGUGGCCAUAUCCUUAUAACCCAGAAUACCAUAACUACUACUAUCAACAACACCACCAACACCAAAACUACAACUAUCAAAACCAAGUUGAAGUUGAAGCUGCUGCAACUGUCUCCUACGGCUACCAAUACCGUUCAUCUCAACACCUACCUUCUACUUCAUCAUACAAUUACAAGGAGCAUGGCUACACUGCCAACGGUUAUGGUUAUUAUCAACCUGCACCUUAUUCUCGUAUCAUUGAUGACCGCGCUUCUGCCUUGUUCAGUGACGAAAACCCUAAUGCUUGUUCCAUUAUGUAAUUAAUUAUCUACCUCAUUAAUUUUGUCAUUUUC